AAGGCGGAAGAAACUACCGAGCUCGCCCUUCCAUACCUUCGACAGAAUCCGAAGAAGUGAGAGUAGCCCCUGGAAGGGACUCUGACAUGGCAGGAAUUAAAGCCCUGGUUGGCUUAUCAUUCACUGGAGUCAUUGGCCUGACAUUUCUUAUGUUGGGGUGUGCCUUAGAAAAUUAUGGUGUAUAUUGGCCUUUAUUUGUUUUGAUAUUUUAUGCCAUCUGUCCUAUUCCUCACCUCAUUGCAAAACGAGUCAGUGAUGAUACAGAUGCUGCAAGCAGUGCCUGCAUGGAGCUGGCAUAUUUUGUUACCACUGGAAUUGUGGUUUCUGCCUUUGGAUUUCCUAUCAUCCUUGCACGAGUUAAUGUGAUCGAGUGGGGAGCUUGUGGCCUUGUGCUAGCUGGAAAUGCAGUAAUUUUUCUUACCGUUUUAGGCUUUUUCCUUAUGUUUGGCAGGGGAGAUGAUUUUAGCUGGGAACAAUGGUAGUUUGCACUCUAACAUGUAGCUUAUGCUUAUACUACUUAUAUAGCUUUAUUACGAUACAGAGCUUUUAGUACUUUAGUCUUGUGUGUGUAUGUAUACUAUGUAUAUAUGUACAUAUGUUGACAGUGUAUUCCUAGCCUUAAAGCCUUGAUAGUUUUUGUAUGAGUAUUGGCUCGCAUAAGGAAAGCUUAUGGGAUUAUAAACCACAGUGCCUAAAA